AUGAAGCAUCUCGUCCAGGUUCUCGCUUUGAUGCUGUUGGCCAGGGAUGCUCUUGCGGGCGGCUUCGGUCUCGGGGACAUCGGGAAGGCGGUGGAGGCCGUCAGCAAGGACCACCCAAAUGUGCGGGGGAUCGUGGAGGAGAAAGUCCGACUGGCGGCUGCAGACCCGCAGAAGGUGGCGGGAGACGCCAGCAAGGGGGUCCACGUGCUGAAAAAGGUGGACACCACCAAGGCAACGGAUGCCGUUGCGGACGCCAGCAAGGGGGCUCAAGUGCUGAACGUGGUGGACAGCACCAAGGCAAAGGAUGCCGUUGCGAGUGCAGCACAGAGCGCGCCGGUAAACUCCCAAUCGGUCGCGGGCGACGUCAUUGGCAGCAGCAAGGCCGCAACACGAUUGCAGCAACUAGUGGGCUCGACCAAGGCGUCAGCUGCGCCCGGGGAGGAAGCAUUUGGGGAGGGAGCUGUCCAUGGUCCGCCCAGCGUGGCCGAGAAGUCCUUGAAGGCUGCACAGCACACCCUCGGUGAGCUGCUCCAACAGGGUGUCGUCCAGGAGGCCGUGAGCGAGGUCACCUCCAGCAAGGCGGCGGAGGUGAUUGCCAGGGCGGAGCCAAACGGGAUCGAAGGUGCUGCGUCUCGAUUCGCCGACAGCCCCCCAGCCAAGCUCGCGCAGGCCGCGCAGGACGCCGGCGCGAAAGGCAUCCACGGCGCGGUGAGCGCCUCCGUCGGCCCCAGCUCGGAGGUGAGCCAGGCGCUGGGCCGGGCCGCGGGCUCCGAGGUCCCAGGGGUUGUCCGGCGCCCGGCCCAACAGGCGGCGCAGGAUCUGCAGAGGCUGGCGGGGAGCGCCAGCAUGGGUGGGCAGUCGCUCGCAGGCGCAGGCGCCAUCGUGGACGCCGCGCGGAGCGCGCCGGCGGUCUCGGCCGCCGUGGGCGAGCUGCCUGGCGCGACUGAGGGGUAUGGGGAGGCCGCGCAGGGCGCCCUCGCUGCGGCGCUCCAGGACAAGAGUGCCGCGGUGGCCGUGGCGGAGAUCACUCCCAGGUGGGCGGCAGAUGCUAUCGCGAAGGCGGGCGAUGGCAGGAUCGGGGACGCUGCGUCUCGGUUCGCGAGGAACGACGAGACGAUCGCCGAGGCUGCACGGGACGCCGGUGUCAACGGCAUUGUGGCGGAGGUUGGCACCGCCGAGCCCGGCCUGGCAGUGGACCAGGCCGUGGAAAAGGCCGUGGUUGCUCUGGAGACGGAGGAGGGCAUUGCUGGUGCCGUCGCCGAGAAGCACUUUGGUAGCCUGGUGGACAAGACGAAGGCUAAUGGCGUCAAGGAGCUGGUGAUGCUGGCCGGCACCGACAGCGCCAAGCAGGAUAUUGUUGCUGCCAAAACGGCUACCUGGCAGGAUCUGGCAGGUGCAGUCGGCGGCGCCAGGAAAGAGCACCUUGAGAGUGCCAUUGCGAGUUCCGAGCGAGCCGUGCGGAGCAUCGCGAAGAGCAAUUUUUUGGAGCCGGUUGGUGAGAAUGUUGUCGAAGGCGAGCCUAGGAGAAGAGGGGUCGGCGUCAAUUCUGGUUUGCUAGUGUCUAUCGCAUUUGCCGGUGUCUUGUGUAUAUGCUUUUCUGGCAUGAAGCAGUUUUCCGACACCAGGUCAAGCGGAAUGUCCAUGCUUGGCGACGACAGCGAACAGGAUUGUGGUGUCCUCGCAAGCCGCUGGGUGAACCCAAGCGCGCGGGAUAUUGUUUCCAGCACGCACGGUCGAAAUCCAGCCGCAUGUAGCCCAUCAUUCGGACAGGCCGCAUAG